CACGUGGUCCCGUCAGAGGGAAACCUGUUGGUUUAAUGUUACUGAAAUGAGAGAGAAGAAGAAGAGGAGGAAGAGGAGGAGAAGGGACGCGACCAAGGAGAUUUCUCGGCACUCUGCAUGUUCAUACCAGGUUUGCAUUGUGACCUGCAGGCCAAUGGACCAUCACCAUCCUCAUGUCCAAUGGAGGAGGCUUUUACGGACGCACUGAGCGUGUCCGCCAGUCGCCCUACUAUGACCAGGUACCACAAGACACCUUACCCCGAUCAGACUCCUACGAUCUGCAGCCGCUGAGGGAGCAGAGAGCGCCUCGCCUCGCCCAGAGUGCCGACCCCCUCCCUCCGCCACCGCUACCAGACCUGCCUCCCGUGGGCCCCGAGUUUGAUCCCAGCGGCAGCGAGGACAACGAAGACCUGGACCACGACCCGGCCCUCGACAUCAAACCGGUCCACCGCUUCAUCCCAGACUCCGUGAAGAACUUCUUCAGAGGAAGUAACCGCAGCAGUAAGCCGCCGUGGUCGAUGCUGGCCUCCUCAUGUAACAACAACAACAGCACCACUGAGGGGGUGCGCUGCUCUCCUCCACAUUCCCCCUCUGUCCCGGGAUCAUACCGAGAUCCGUAUGGCGGCUCAGGCAGCAGCUACAACUCGCGCAAGGAGCUUCUGGAGCUACACGACGCCCAUGAGUCCGUGUCAGGGCGCACCCACCACACAGGUCUGACCUACAGCGAGCGAGUGGAGGAGUACCAUCAGCGCUACGCCUACAUGAAGUCCUGGGCGGGGCUGCUGAGGAUUCUGGGAUGUGUGGAGCUCCUGCUGGGAGCAGCCGUGUUCGCCUGCGUCUGUGCUUACAUCCACAAAGACAACGAGUGGUUCAACAUGUUUGGAUACUCGUCUCCUGGAGGAGCGUAUGGAGGAUUAUACGGUGGCGGUACAGGCGGGUACUACUACUCUGGCCCCAAGACGCCGUUUGUGUUGGUGGUGGCGGGGCUGGCCUGGAUAGUGACUGUGAUCGUGUUGGUGCUGGGGAUGACCAUGUACUACCGCACUAUCCUGCUGGACUCCAACUGGUGGCCUCUGACUGAGUUUACUAUCAACCUGGCGCUGGCAGUGCUGUACAUGGCAGCAGGCAUUGUCUAUGUGCGAGACACGACCCGCGGAGGGCUCUGCUCCUACCCGAUGUUCAACAAUGGCAUCAACGGGGCGUUCUGCAGAACAGAGGCGGGUCAGACGGCUGCCAUUAUCUUCCUGUUUGUCACUAUGGUGGUGUAUCUGAUCGGAGCCAUCGUGUGUCUGAAGCUGUGGAGACAUGAAGCUGCACGCAGAUACCGAGAGAAGUACGGCCAGGAGAUGCAUCCACCCGACCAGCGUGCUGCACAGUCUUUGAUGGCUCCAGUUUCAGCUCCUGCAACCAAAGCUCCAGAACAGGUCCAGGGCUCCUCAGUGGUUCCCAUCCAGGCUGCACCACCUAAAGCAGCUCCACCACCGCACAUACUGCAGGGAACCAUACCGUCAGGACACAUUCCCAAACCUGUUAUUGUGCCUGACUACAUCGCGAAGUACCCAACAAUCCGGUCUGACGAGGAGCGGGACCAGUACCGAGCUGUGUUUAAUGACCAGUACGCAGAGUACAAAGAGCUCCACUCGGAGGUGCAGGCCACCCUCAAGAAGUUUGAUGAGAUGGACGCCAUGAUGCGCACUCUGCCGCAGCACCCCACCAGCCAGAUGGAGGUUGAUCGCAUCAACAGGAUCCUUCAGGAGUACCAGAGGAAGAAAAAUGACCCGACUUUCCUGGAGAAGAAGGAGCGCUGUGAGUACCUGAAAAACAAACUGUCGCACAUCAAACAGAAGAUCCAAGAAUACAAUAAAGUGAUGGAGUGGAACGACGGCUUCGACACACACAGAGACACACACAGAGGGACAGACAGAUUGUUUUUGCAGCACCCAGUGGACCCAGCUGUCAUGUCCUCCAGGCCCAACGGGAGUCCACCUCCCUACGAGUCAGAUACUGGAUAUAACAUUCCUCCCCAGCCGGCCUAUUCCUACUACCCAGAUGAUGAGUUCCAGCAUUUCUACCGCUGGACGUCCCCGCCAGGCAUCCUCAAAAUCAUGGCCAUCAUCAUCAUCGUGAUGUGCGUGGCCAUAUUCGCUUGUGUUGCCUCCACACUGGCUUGGGACAGUCAGGGCGCCCUUAGUGGCUUCGGGGGCAUCGGGGGAGGUUAUGGAGGAACCUAUGGCGGUGGCUACGCUGGCGGCGGCUAUGGUGGUCAGUACGGCAGCUUUGGCGGCGGUGCAUAUGGACCUGGAAACAGCUACGGCUACGGUGGAAUCGGAGGGAACUACAAUGACCCCCGAAAGGGCAAAGGGUUUAUGAUUGCUAUGGCAGCCAUCACCUUCAUUGUCUGCUUGGUCAUCUUCAUCAUCAUCGUGUCUCAUCAGAGCCUAUCGGAGAGCAGGAGGUUCUACCUGGCAGUGAUAAUCAUGUGCGCCAUCCUCGCGCUGCUAAUGCUGAUAGCCGCCAUAGUGUACUUGAUGGCAGUGAACCCCAUGGCUCAGUCGGCCGGGUCGGCGUACAGCGGUCAGAUCGCAGGUCUGUGCGCUCAGUUCCAACAACCACAGCCUUCAGGAGUGUUCGUCAAUCAGUACCUUUAUCACUACUGCGUCGUGGAGCCUCAAGAGGCCAUCGCGGUGGUGUUUGGCUUCCUGGUCGCCGCUGCUCUCAUCAUCAUGCUCGUCUUUGCUCUGAAGACGCGCCAGAAAAUUGGAUACUUCGGGAAGAGCAACAUCCUGUGGAAGAGGGUGAAGCUUGUCGAGGAUGUGCAGCCACCUCAAGAUGUAGAGGCGUGGGUGAACAACGUGUCGGCCACCCCUGAACCGCUGCCGGUAUCGGACUACCCCGAGAAGCUGAGAGGCUCCAGGAGUCACCUGGACGACGAAAGCACCAACUAUGACAAACCUCCCUACGGCUACUCCCCGCAUCCUGCAGUGGAAGAGAAUCAGCCUCUGCAGAACGGCGCCCCCUACAGCACCAACUCAGACAUGCCUAGCUCAGCUGGAAGGCCCAAAAAGAGACGUGCAGGCCGACCGCGCCGCGCCGAUGGACAGGACUACGACACCGACUACAACUCCUCAGGAGACGAGCUGGACGACGAUGACUUUGACAGAGAGUAUCCACCGAUAGUGGACGAGAUGCAGCGCAACGAGUACAAGCACGAGUUUGACCGCGACCACCAGGAGUACAAGGACCUGCAGGCGGAGCUGGACGCCCUGAAUAAGAACCUGUCAGACGUGGACAGAGAGCUGGACGACCUGCAGGAGGGCAGCCCAGCGUACCUGGAUGCUCUGGAUGAGUACAACAGGAUAAAGAACAUUAAACGGUCUCCAGACUAUCAGAUGAAGAAGCGCAGGUGCAAAUACCUGAAGUCCAAACUGAACCACAUCAAGAAGAUGGUCAGCGAUUUUGACCGCAGGGCCUGAACAACUCAGAGGAUGUUACGCCUGUCCAUGACGGGACAGAAGGGACUAAAUCUGGUUUUGGGGGGGGGGACGUUUGGAGGCUGUGAGAGGACGGAAACCCAGAGGUUUCCACAGUCUGUCUGAGCUGGUGAAACGCUGUAAAGGUUGUUUUAUAAUUUAGAAGCAGAGAAAACAAAGAUUCUGUCUUGUGUUAUGCCAUUGUUUGUUUUAAGAGUAUCACCUGCCAUAGAUACUGUUACAGGUAUUUAUUAUACCUCAUUUAAUCUGAAACAGUCUCUUAGAGGAGUUUCUAGAGAGCGAACACAAAUGAAACAUAAUCCCCAAAUUUGUUUUUAAUAGCUCUUGUUUCAGUGACUCAACCUGAGAUACUCAUUUUGUAAGAUCUUUUUAAUUCUCAUUUUUAAUCCUUUCAGCAUGUAAAUAUGUGGGCAACACGGAUGUUUUUUAAGUUUUUAGCAGUUUAUUGAAUUAAGUUCAUGUGUGUGUUGUGGUGUGUUUUUCUUUUAUGGAUGGUAGAAAUGACAGACACUUUUAAAUGCAUGUUUGAUGCAUUGUGUGAUGUACUUUUACAAUGAUUUGUCAGACCUUUUUAUUAUAAUAAAGUCAUUUAUUGAGCAA